AGUUCCGACUUUGCAUCUGAUGACAGCACGUACGCAGUUAUUUUCCAAAGCAAUAUCGCAAAAUACUAUAAAAACAAGCCAUAGAAAUAUUUCUCCAAGACACAGUUCCAUAAUAUAAUAAUAAAAAAACCGAAAAAGUCAGCCACGUGAUCGAAAAAACAUAGUAACAGUAUUUACAUAAUAUAUUAAACUACCCAAAAUGUACCGUUAUCACCCUAGUUUCACUUUCCAUCAACAUUACUUCGGCGUCAUGCCAGUCUACGUGAUCUUUAUUGAACCAGGGCGAGCCAAUCGGAGUCUAAUGACUUUCAUGCAACAAUAUAGAAACCGCUUGCAGUAUAGGCAGCGUGCAGCACUGAAGCAACACGAUUUUAAGCAGGAAAAGCAAGAGAAAAAACAUCUAGCUUUUCAGAAGACCCAAGAGGAGGAAAUAUUGAGAGAUUAUAUUCAACAGAAACGAGAAUGGCGAGAAGAGCUACAAAACCAAGCGUUUCUGAAAACAGAAGAGGAGGAAAAAUUUAAGCAAUAUAUUCAACAGAAACUAGAAUGGCAAGAACACCAAAAUCUCAAGAAAGAAAAGGAAGAAACAAGACUAAAGCUGAAAGAAGAGCAAAAACAAGAGAUGAAUACUGACUUGACCUGUACGUGGGAGAUCCCGAAGUGGGAUGAAAAAAAGAGCCAAAAAAUGGCAUUACAAACGGAAAUAUUGGAAAAUGAGCUUAUAGAUUCUUUACAAAAUCGUCACCUCGAAGAGGAGGUUAGAGCGAAGCACAUGUUGCAAAAACGACACCUUGAAGAGCGACUAAAAGCCAAACGAGAAUUGCAAACACGUCACUUGGAAGAGCAACUCAAGGUUAUGCAAUCGUUACGAAAGCAACAGAUGGAAGAAGAGCUUAGAGAAAAGAGAUUGCUACAGGAGCGACAACUCGAGGAAGAGCUGAAAGCCAAGGAGUCAUUACAUAUGCGUCACUUAGAGGAAGAGUUUAGAGUGAAGGAAUUAAUAUUAAAUCGUAAGCGUAUAUUAAGAAAACAACGCUGCGAAUUGAAGAAACAAACAUUAAAACAAGAGCAACCACAAAAGUUACAGGAAAAGCAAACGAAAGUUCAAGUGGGACAAGAUAUUGAAAAAUUAGCUAAACGGCAGAGUCAAGAAAAUUCAAAAAGAGAGAAGCUGAAGCAGUUGCUAAAGCAAGAGAUACGUAAGCUGAAGCUGGAAAUAGAGCUCGAGAAGUUGAAAAAAGCGAAUGACAGUGAAGAAAUACAAAAAAAUUCCAUUGUACAUUCCAAACACAGUUUGUCGGAGGCUGAUUUUGCCAAGCAUUUACGACGUCACGUAAUCGAAGCAAAACUUUUGCGGUGCCAUGGCUAUCCAGUCGAGAGCGUCACUCAUGAUGGCUGUGUAGAGAUCUACCAAUACCAACCAGACCUUAUUGACUUAUCAGAAUCUAUUAAAAACAAUGGGGUUACUGCUAACAGUAGCUCUAGUUCGUUCACGGUGAUAUCGGAAACGAUCGAUAACAAUGUUGACGAUUUAACGAUCACUAACAAAGGCGACAAAGAUCAAAACCAGACACAGCUCGUUGAGUUUGGUACAAUUCCGCUGACAGAAAAACACGAAUCGCCAACAAUGGUAUCGUCAAGCACUAACAGCUCAUUUUCAGUGAUAUCGGAAAACAACGAUAAUAAUGUUGACGAUUUAGCGAUCGCUAACAAGGAUGAAAAAGAUCAAAACCACUCACUCGGUGCAGUUGUUGAAUUCGGUUCAAUUCCAGCGCCAGAAAAACACAAAUCGUCAAAAAUGGUAUCGUCAAGCACUAACAGCUCAUUUUCAGUGAUAUCAGAUACGAACGAUAAUAAUGUUGACGAUUUAGCGAUCGCUAACAAAAGUGACAAAGAUUCAAAUCACACACAGCUCGUUGAGUUCGCUAAAGUUCCAACGCCAGUCAUAUCAGAUACGAACGAUAAUAAUGUAGAUCGUUUAAUGAUCAAUGAAAGGGUUCAAAACUGCCGGAAAUUCGAUGAGUCCUUGCGGAAAGAUUGCGUACGCUGUGGGCGACCCUUUUACGUCAACGAAUUCGGCGAAUAUUUAAAUCGUGAAACUUGCACUUAUCAUUGGGGUAAGCUACACUACGCCUAUAAAGGUAAACGGGGUUACAUUCCACAAUAUACCUGUUGUGAGGGUCGCAAAGGUUCCGAAGGUUGUGCACGCCAUCCACUACAUAUAUGGAAUGGUAUUGUGGACGGUGUAAACGGGCCCUACAAUGACUUCCUACGUACACGUGCACGCUGCGAGAAAACCGGCGAUGCGCCCAAAGUGUAUGCGCUCCAGUGUAAAAUGUGUUUCACUGGGCGUGGACUCGAAGUAACCAAGGUAAUGUUGAUGGGCUACGACGGACAAUUAGUAUAUGACCAGUAUGUACAGCCGUCAACUGACAUCGUAGAUUAUUGGAUGUACUACGCGGACAACAGUCGCACAGAUAAACUUGAAAGUAGAAGUUUUAAGAGGUUGACCGAUGUGCAGCAGGAUUUGAUCGAACUGAUCGAUGCCGACACCAUACUCAUUGGACACUGUUUAGAACAUGAGUUGCGUGUGUUGCGCAUUUUGCAUAACAAUAUCGUGGACAUAGCUAUCGAAUUCGCACAUCCAUUGGGUUUGUUCCCCGGUCGCUCACUUCAGAACUUGGCUGAGAUUUAUUUAAGGUGUGGCACUCAAGGUGGCAGCGAAGGUGCUGAUAGUUUGGACGAUAUGCGCAUUUGUAUAGAGCUCAUGAAGUGGAGAGUGCGAGAACAUAAGCGCCAAAUCGGAUCUAACCCAAUACCGGAACUUUAUUAAUCUUCUAUGUUUUUAUGCCAAUAAAUAUGAAAUGUUUAAUUUUGUUGAAAAAUUAUAAUAAAUAUUGAAUACAACAACAGCUAGAAAC